UGGUGUCUAUUUCACUAAAAAUAAUAAAGAUUAUACUGUCUAUGUCAGUAAAGAAGUUAUACUUAGCGCUGGUGCAUUGAACUCACCGAAAAUCCUAAUGUUAUCUGGCAUAGGACCAAAAAAACAUCUGGAAGACAAAGGAAUACAAGUGAUAAAAGAUUUACCUGUAGGCAAAGGAUUAAAAGAUCACCUUGGGAUUGAUAUAAGGUUCGAUAUUAAUGGUGAAGUGGAAGUAGACAUCGGAGUUUUAGCAUCUAAUGAACAUGUCACAGACUAUUUUGAAAAUGGCAUAGGACCACUCACACUUGCUGAAGGAAUGAUCACUGUAGGAUCGUUGAAAACAAAAAAAUAUAACAUUGAUCUUCCAGAUAUCGAAAUACUUUUUCAUAUUUCUAAUUUGUACGUUGAUAUAGAUAGACAGAAAAAAAGAGAUUCAUUUUAUGCUACUGUUAUGUUGAUGCAUCCAAAGAGUGAAGGAGAUGUUGAACUAUAUAGUCAAGACCCUACAGAUCCUCCAAAAAUUAAUCCAAAUUGCUUUGAAGAAUCUGAGGACCUGGAAACUUUAGUAGAGGGACUAAAAUUGGCAGUGGCCUUUACUCGCACUAAAGCAUUAUCUACCUUCAAUGCAACUUUAUAUCUUCCUCCUGAUGCAGAAUGUGAUCACUUGGAAAAGGAGUCAGAUGCAUAUUUUAGAUGCUUUUUGCGCAAUACUAGGUCUGCGGAUCAUCAGAUAGGUACUUGCCGGAUGGGUCCAGUCAGUGACCCCAAGAGCGUUGUGGAUCCAACUUCUUUGAAACCUUAUGGGAUCCAAGGUCUUAGAGUGGUUGAUGCUUCAAUAAUUCCGAUUCCUCCUACUGGACACACCACUUCAAUAGUCUAUAUGAUUGGUGAAAAAGCUGCAGAUUUUGUCAAAAAAGACUGGACGUAA